AUGUCGACCGUCAAUGUUUUCAUCCACGCUCCUUCGACGCUCGUCUCUGCGGAAAGACGUUUACCAUGCACGAUACCACUGUGCGAUCUGAAAUACCGUCUGGAAUCCAUCGUUGGCAUUCCUCCCUCGAACCAGAUCGUGGAAAUUCACUCGACACGAACCGAUCAUGAGCAGCAAUCCUCGCUCACGGGACCGGGACCGUUUCCGAGUUCGGUGCGUUCGACACUGAUAUCCUGUAUUGUACCUGAUUCCGACGUCGAACAGCGGUCUCUGUCUGAGCUCAAUGUGGUGGACGGUAUGGCGUUGAAGAUCCUCGAUACGCGGCCUGCCUCGGUGAUCCAAACAUUCACCGACGAAUCUCUGGUCGAAAAAUACGUCAUGGACGAUGUCACGUAUGCGUCCAGGCCUGAUACCGUGCUGGCGUUCAAACAGCGAAACAAGUUGGGCAGAUUCGACGAUUCGAAAGACGCCAACUCGAGCCCCGCCUCCGACACGGCCGAUCCGCUACGCGAAGGUCUCAAAGAAGGCGCCAGGUGUCUAGUCGACUUGUCCGGCUCUGGUGCAAAUCAGAGAAAGGGAACGGUACGCUUUGUCGGACCUACGCUAUUCGCAACAGGAAUCUGGAUCGGUGUCGAGUACGACGAACCAGUCGGAAAGAACGACGGAUCAGUAGCUGCGCAAAGAUACUUUACGUGCAAACCCAACUUCGGUGCGUUCGUAAGGCAAGACAAGGUGCAAGUCGGCGACUUCCCGCCAGACAACUUUGAUCUGGAUCUCGACGACGACGAAGAGAUGUAA